AUGGGGCUGAGUCUGUGGGCCCAUUUGGCCAAGCUGGAUUCUGUGUACCGAGUACACAGGCAUGACUGGGAUCCUGUGUACCGAGUACAUGACCCUGGUGUGUACCAAACUCCUAAGAAGCAGUGGGAAAAUGCCACCUGGCUGGUGACAGAGUUUGUGCUGGUGGGUUUCUCCAACCUCCCACACCUGCAGACCACCCUCUUCACGCUGUUCUUCCUCAUGUACCUGGUCACCCUCAGUGGCAAUGCCACCAUCAUCACCAUUAUCCAUGUGGAUCGGACCCUUCACACCCCCAUGUACCGCUUCCUGGCGGUGCUGUCCCUGUCGGAGACCUGCUACACGCUGGUCACCAUCCCGAAUAUGCUGGCACAUCUGCUCAUGGAGAGCCAGGCCGUCUCCAUUGCUGGCUGUCGGGCUCAGAUGUUCUUCUUCCUGGGCCUGGGCUGCAGCCACUGCUUCCUCCUGACCCUGAUGGGUUAUGACCGCUACGUAGCCAUCUGCCACCCGCUGCGGUACUCGGUGAUCAUGAGACCCACCGUCUGCCUCUGCCUGGGAGCCCUGGUUUUCUGUUUGGGGUUCUCGGUGGCCCUGAUCGAGACCAGCAUGAUCUUCUCCUCGCCCUUCUGCAACAGCGACCGCGUGGAGCACUUUUUCUGCGACAUUGCCCCUGUUUUGAAGUUGAGCUGCGCCCAGAGCACAGGCAAAGCGCUGGGCAUCUUCUUCCUCAGCGUCCUGGUGGUGCUGUUCUCCUUCCUCCUCAUCCUCCUCUCCUACGCCUUCAUCGUGGCUGCCAUCGUGAGGAUCCCUGCGGCCGCUGGCCGGCGCAAGGCCUUCUCCACCUGCGCGGCCCACCUCACCGUGGUCAUCGUGCAUUUUGGCUGCGCCUCCAUCAUCUACCUGCGCCCCGAGUCCGCAGGAAACCCUGCCCAGGACCGCCUGGUGGCUGUCUUCUACACGGAUUUGGCCCGAGGUGCAGGCAAGCCUCAGAUUGUGGCUGCCCAGUCUCCCAGGGCCACCGGAGCCUCAGACAAGUAG